AUGAAUCAUCAGAGGACUCACACGGGGGAAAGGCUAUUUAUGUGCUCAGAAUGGCACCAGAGGAUUCACACCGGAGAGAAGCCAUACCAUUGUUCUGAAUGUGAUCAGAAGUUUUCACGUCACAGUUCAUUCACUGAACACAAGAUGAUUCACACAGGAGUGAAACCGUAUCAGUGUACUGAAUGUGAUAAAUAUUUUUACCAAAAAGCAAAUCUUGCAAAACAUCAGAGGAUUCACACAGGAGAGAAGCCUUUCAGAUGCUCAGAAUGUGACAAGGGCUUCUCAGAAAUAUCCAGUCUUUAUAAACACAUGAGGAUUCACACGGGAGAGAAGCCAUAUCCAUGCCCUGAAUGUAAGAAAUAUUUUCGCAUUAAAACAGAUCUUACAAGACAUCAGAGGAUUCACACAGAACAGAAGCCUUUCAGAUGUUUGGAAUGUAAUAAGUCCUUCUCAAGCAUAUCUAAUUUUUCUCAACACCAGAGGAUUCACACAGGAGAGAAACCAUUUCAAUGCCCUGAAUGUAAUAAGUUUUAG